CUUCAAAUGCUCAUUGACAACAAAGAUGGCCUACUAGCAGCUGAGAUGCUCAGCUUCAAGCACCCACAUAUUAGCAAUCACAGACUUCAGGUAGCUCAUCCAGAGGCCCAAGUGGAAAGAUACUUUGAUUCACCAUAUGAUGAAAUGGUAGCAGCCCACAUAAGGUGCAUAUGGGCUGUGUCAAACCAUGACUUUAUUGAAGCAUAUGGUUGUCAAACUAUAGUUGUCCAAUCAUUUUGUAAGGUUCUGCAAUCACAAAAAGAUGAAAACUGGUCAUUGCCGAUCCUAUUUGUUGUAUGCCUGGACCUGCGUUUGUUUGCCAAUAGUGUAAGUUUACAAUGCUUCGUUGUCAUAGAGCUGGGUGAAAGCUUUGUCAUCUCUGGACAAGAACAGAUAGGCAUGAAUUCAUCUGCUAUUUUGUUGAACUUUCAGCUUCAAAUGCUCAUUGACAAACAAGAUGGCCUACUAGCAGCUGAGAUGCUCAGCUUCAAGCACCCACAAUUAGCAAUCACAGACUUCAGAUCAUUUUGUAAGGUUCUGCAAUCACAAAAAGAUGAAAACUGGUCAUUGCCGAUCCUAUUUGUUGUAUGCCUGGACCUGCGUUUGUUUGCCAAUAGUGCAGAUAUACAACUAACAAAAAAAGGUCGAGGGAAACCUGGUGAUACUCUUGAGAAGGCAGCAGAUGUGCUUUUAGGAGCAUUCAGAAUCUGUGCUAGUGACAAUCGAGCCCAACCUGUAGACUCAAAGAAGUGGGGAAUGCUAAAUCUCAUAAAUCAACUGUUUAAAAUAUACUUCAAGGUUAACAAACUGCAUUUGUGUAAGCCACUAAUCAGAGCAGUUGACAACUCGAGCCUAAAGGAGCACUUCAGUCUAUCGCAACAGGUUACGUACAAAUACUAUGUGGGCAGAAAGAACAUGUUUGAUAGUGACUUUAAGGCUGCUGACGAGUACCUGUCCUAUGCAUUCCAACAUUGCCAUAUUAUGAGCAGACGAAACAAACGUUUGAUUCUCAUCUACCUUGUGCCUGUCAAAAUGUUGCUGGGUUACAUGCCAAGUGUUGCAGUGCUUAAGAGAAUGGAUCUCAUGCAGUUUCACGACAUUGCUCAAGCAGUGAGACAAGGAAACCUGCUGCAGCUCAAUGCAGCCUUGGUUAAACAUGAGGCAUUCUUCAUUAAGUGUGGCAUCUUCCUCAUCUUGGAGAAGCUGAAGGUGAUCACCUAUAGGAAUUUAUUCAAGAAAGUGAGCUGCGUAUUGAAAACGCAUCAGUUGCCCAUUGAAGCAUUUGUUGUUGCAUUGCGGUGGAUGGGAUUGGAAGACGUCGACAGUGAUGAAGCACAGUGCCUCAUUGCCAACCUGAUAUAUGAGGGAAAGAUCAAGGGCUAUAUUUCACAUCAGCACCAGAAAUUAGUUGUGAGCAAACAAAAUGCUUUUCCUCCGCUGACUGCAAUAAAUUAGCAGCUACUGUACUUGUAUUGAAGCACCAUGGAGUCCAUUGCAUGUGUACUAUCAUGGUAUGUAAUAUAUAAGUACCAAUUUUCUUGUACGUGUGAUGCACCAUAUCUACAGGACCAAUAAAUAAUUGAUUAGAUUA